AUGGCCAGGCAUCUUGUACAUCUGACAUGCUGCAGGGGAUCAGCAGCGCAUCGGGCUGUCGGCACGAACAGCGACGACUCCAGAGCUCCUCUUGUAUUCUGGUCUUCGUCCACCCUGCCCACGUCGUCCCUCCCUACUCGAUCCAUCUUCGGUCCGUACUCUCAUACUCCCGUACUCCGUAUACAUCCACGGAAUGCCGUCCGCCCGCAGUUGCCUCACGGGGGAUCCCGACAUGCCCUCGAGGAGGUCACGAUUCCAUUGAUCCCACCUGCCCAGGGACUCGCCUCUAUUCCCGAGUCUCCGGGCUCCGCUGCCCGACGUCUGAUCACUCCGGAUGAAUGUUCCCUGAUCAGCCCAUUCCCACGUUUUAGCGCGCCCUCCCCGCAGCUCACCAAUGAUCGCCUUGUCCGUCGCGCAAUCCCUCCAUCUCGUCAUUGCUGCCCCCCCCACACGGGUCACUUGCGCCUUCCGAUGGCCUGA